GACACAAUUGUCUCCAGAAUUAUGUUGUACUAAGAUUGUGCUCCUAGACUCAGAAUUUACUCAUCCUCUGUUCACCAAUCACCCUUGCCUUCCACACUCCCCCCAAAACUCCCCCUCACUAAAACCCCCCACAUAUAUUUACCCUUUCUCCGAAAGUGUCCAAAAUUCCACCACUCUUUCCCUUUCUGAAGGUAUCUAAAAAAUCCCUCUUCAAAGCUAGUAGUAAUGGGUUUCACCACGGCGGUGCUACCCGUCCUGUCCUUCUACUUGGUGGCCGCCUUUACAUUAACGCCGACAGCAGCCCAAUUCGCAUGCAACUCCACGGGCGCCACCUGCAACGGCCUGGUAGGCUACGCGUCCCCGAACGCCACCACGCUGGGCCACAUCAAGAGCCUGUUCGGUAUCAAGAACCUCCGCAACCUCCUCGGCGCCAACGGCCUCAAUCUCUCCACCCCUUCCACCCACCCCGUCGCCGCCAACGAGACCCUCCAAAUCCCCUUCGGGUGCCUCUGCCGCAACGGGACCGGGCUCCCCCGGAGCCACCGCCCGGCAUACACGGUGGUCCCAGGCGACGGACUGUACCACAUCGCGGCGGAAGUUUUUGCCGGGCUGGUGACAUACCAGCAGAUCCAGGCUGUUAAUAACAUAUCGAAUGCGGAUAAGAUUAAUGUGGGGGAGGAUCUCUGGAUCCCACUGCCGUGUAGCUGUGAUGAGGUGGGUGGAGAGAGAGUCGUUCAUUAUGGGUACGUGGUGCCAGGUGGGGCCACGUUGGAGGAGAUUGCACAGGAGUAUAAUACGACACAGGAUACACUUCUCGCCCUCAAUGGUCUGGCUUCUCCUAAAGAUCUCUUGGCUGGUGCUGUUCUUGAUGUUCCACUUCAAGCUUGUACGUCAAUGGUGGGAAAUAACUCAUUUGACUACCCUUUACUCGUCUGUAAUGGCACCUACAUCUUUACUGCUGGCAACUGUGUGAUGUGCACGUGCGACGCAGCAAACAACUGGACGUUACAAUGUGUGCCGUCCCAAGUUAAAUCAAACCUCUGGAAGACGUGCCCUUCUAUGCAAUGUGAAGGUGCAGAAAGCUUGUACAUUGGAAACACCACAACUUCAAGUUGUAAUCGCACUUCUUGUGCCUAUGCUGGUUACAAUAACCAAACGAUCUUCACAACCGUUUCCACUGAGUCCACUUGUCCAGUUUCGGCGAAUAAUGCUCAAAAGUUGAGUUUGCAAGGUUGGAGUUGGAGUUACCUUCUCAUCUCCAUCCACUUGGUAGUGCUCUGUAGUCGUUUGAUUAACUGAGAUGUUCAUAUAUUUGUAUAAAUAUCACAGUUUUUGCCUUUUUAGUAGCGAUGAGGGUGAUUGUUUCCAUCUCAUGUACCUGUUUCAUGGAUCGAUGUUUGUAAGUUAGGCCUAGCAAAACAAAUACGGAAAAUGUAACCGUGCUUCAAGAGUUGUAUUGACAUUUUGAAAGUCAUUGUACGAAGUUACUUGGUUUCAUUUACAAAACCGUAUUUUCCUGUUAUUAAAUCUCGAACUUACUGCUUUGAGAUC